UCGCCGAGUAUAAAAUGCUCCAAUCAUAGAGGAGACUCGCGGAGGGGAGAAAUUAGGUUGAGGUCAGCGCAAAGCCAACUAGCAGCAGCGGAUCUCCCUUCGCCGAUCUUCCCACCUUUUGAUACUCUAGGGCGGCUAAAAGAAAAAGAAAAUCAAAAUACCCGGGGAGCAGGGACAUCGAUGCUAGCUGUUUUGUAAGAAGGGAAGGCACCCCUCUUUCCCCAAAGCUUGUAGAUCCAUCCUCCAUUCACCCCUGAUCUCUCUCACCUUUGAAAGGGAGCUAUGGCUGAUUGCCUGAGAAGAUUGAUCAACAACGAGACCUGCAGGAUUUUACAGGAGAAGUUGGAGAACUGGUAUAAAGAUUACCACAUUAACUCAUGUGAUCAGAAUCUGACCCGAUGCUGUGAAAUCAUGGAACUGAACUCCAUGAUUCAGGGGCAACUCUUCACAAUCCUGAAUAAAACAAGCCAAGAAGGUGGACAUUAUGCCGGUGUGGAUACAAUAAAGUCACGUCUGUUGCCAUGGCUGGGCACUUGUUUUUCUAGCCACACUUGUGGAAGCUCUUCUCACUUGCAGGAAUCACGUGAAAAAAACAGAUGGAUGAAGGAAAUGGCCUGCACCCGGGACCAAGAAAUACAUCAGCUGGAGAAAGAGCUGAACAGCACUCGUUUACAGCUCAGUUUUGUACAACAAGAUUUAGCAGAAGCCCAGGUGGCUCUUGAAGACACAAAGACCAAAUCCGCCACCACUCUUUUGGCAGUAGAGGAUGAAAUUGUUCAUCUAAAAGCAGAGCUAAAGGCUUCUCGGGUAAAAGAAGAGUGUGCUUUGAAAAAUCUGGACCGGAUGAGUGAUUAUGAACAGCAGCUUCAAACACUGAAGGAUGAGAUUGCCAUCCUUGGUGCUCAAAAAUCUCUUCUCCAAAACAGACUUGCACUAAGCCGAUCUCCUUCCCCGAGAUCUAUGCGAAGCAGAUCACCUAGUCCGCUUUCCAAGAGAAGUUCCUCACCUGGACGAGCGAGACUUACAAACGCCUCCCGACAGGCUCGCCUUGUGGAACGCUUCAGUGACAUUUAUGCUCAGGAGCGCUUGGAUGCUCAAAGCCUCUUGAGAAGUUACGUCGACGAUCUGGAGAUGGUUCAGAGAAUAAUCUAUACUGCAGUUGUGGAGUCUUUCCGUGCUGCAAAGAUGGCCUUCAGGCAGUUCAAAAUGCGUGUUCGGAAGACCCUGUCCCUAAGUUACUCAGGGCCUGAAUCGCUUGAAGACGUGGUCAUGGACUACAUUGUUCGCCAGGAGGAUCUGUAUGAUGUUCAAGCCAGCGUCUGCGAGGUCAUUCGUGCAAUGAAUAUCAACCCUAAGAUUUCCUUCCCACCCGAAACCGAUUUUCUCAUGAUCAGCGGCUUAAUACGCGAGUUGUGUCGUGUCGCCUUUUCAAUGCAGACUUUGGAUCCUCCACUUGACAUUUCUUUUGGUACAGAUGGAGAACUUUUCAGCGAGUACAAAUAUCGUCGCAGCUAUGACUCUGAAUUUACAGCUCCCUUGGUGGCCUAUCAUGUAUGGCCUGCUCUUAUGGAAGAAGAUAGUGUCCUUGUGAAAGGAGAGGCAGUCACAAGAAGAGGCGCUGUGUGGUCUCAAAGGGGUAGAAGCAGAAGCAGAAGCCGCAGCCGCAGCUGUAGCUUGAGGCCUCUCUCUCCUAGUGCAGGCCACUCCCGACAUUUGCGAUCCCGAAGCCGCAGCUCUUCCCCGUUAAGGAGCGGAAGCCCAAGAAUUUAGGUUAACUGGAUAUGCUUUUUGAUUCUGUACAUCUGGAUCAAUCUGCUUCUGUGGUGCCGCUUCCUGUUCCGAGAGUACCUCAAACCUCACUUAAAAUAAUGUGAACAGCAGUUUUGAAUCACUCCAAAAGGAGAGUGAAUGGGGAUUGAUGAUUAUUAGUAUGGGUGGUUUUUUUGUUUUGUUUUUUGGUUACUCUGGUGUUUUUUUUAAGGGACUGAAUGCAACAAAUCUGAUUAAAACUUGCAUAGGCAUUUUAAAAAAUUCGUUUGAUUUUUAAAACUCGUUUACACCACUCUUCUAAGCAGUGCUUUCAGGAAAAUAGUUACUGUCACAAGGAGUGCAGUGCCAAGAUCCUCUUUGUCUCACAAUGAUACACUUAACUAGACUGCUAAGUAUUCAGCACUAUGAUACAUUGAGGCUACCACUUGAAAUACAGUACUUGGUGCUUAUAUAGGGCUCAGUUGAUGUGAAGUUAAGGUCAUUAAAGUCCCAGCAAAAUCAAUGGGGUGUAUAAAUGCUGGAUCAUGCCAAUAAAAGUUGUUGGUACAAAACACGGUCAUAAAAGCAUAACAUCUGAUUUAAGUGUUUGAUUUUGAAAUUACAGAAAAAUAACAUCUGUAUUUUGAAGAUUAUAUUCCUGCUGUUAUAACAUGUGGUGCUGAUAACAGUGUUUUUCUUCCAAGAGAUGGGGUGUUUCUUUCUCUUCUAUACCCCAAGAGGAGCACAAUGACUGUUUGAGUCCUUGUCCUUUUACAUGUAGCUAAGGGUUAGAACAUUAUUCUACUGAGACCAGCCUCUUAUUUCUGACCCCAGACAUGGUGCUUGAGCAAAAUUGUGGAAUUUCCUUUUGUUACUACAAAACAGAAUGAGUUUUGCAUGGUUUUCUUCAUUGAAAUUAUUUUGCCCUCUGGAAGAAAAAUCUAGUCGCAUUAAUUAGUCCUCUGGUUUCCUUAGGGAGUGUAGUCACUUUACCUUCUUCCCAGUUUCUUGUAAUUUUGCUGAAUACUGCAAAGUUUACAGCAAUGUUGCAAAUUCCCCAUUGCCUGCUUCAAAUAAGUGACAGUCAUGCAGACCAACUUGGAUUCAUAAUAAAAGAGCUGGCCUAGGGUAUGAUUGUUCAUUUGUGGUUGGCUGUGGUGGCUUUUGUUUCAUGUGUGAGUGGGGUGGGUGGGUGUUUUGAAUCCACCUUUCCCCCAUCUCUUUUCCCCCUUUCCCUCCCAAUGUCUCAAUAAAUGAAACUGAUCUGUAAAAAUGUUACGAGAGACAUUGCACAUAUUUCUGUAAACCAAGAUAAUCCUAAGUAGUAGUGGUAGUAAUAAUAAUAAUAAUAAUAAUAAUAAUAAUAAUAAUAGAGCUGGGUUACUGAAAUUGUUCUUCCACCACUGGUUUACAUUUUCAAACCUUGAUCAUGACCUGGGCAGACCUUUGAAGCUCUCCACCCAAUAAAGCUCAUUGAAGAAAUGAACUGGCAACCAGUUUAAGCAUAAGAAACACUCGCCCUUGUUUAUGGCAAUGUAAACAUUGAAAUUUUUACACAGAGAUAAAUUUAAUAGAGAGUUGCAAUCAUGUUGUAUGAUAUGUGUUUCAAAGCACUUGUUUGCUUAUUCACAUAUUACAUUUUUGACACUUAAAUUAAAAAACCACUUUUAAAAGGAUACUGGAUUGGUUCAGACCUCUUUCAUUACCAUAAGGAAGCAAUCAGAAGCUCCCACUCCUAGCUGUAAGCUAACCAUUGUUCUACAUCUGAAUGUGGAGAACCGUUGUUUGGUUAAAGUAUGGUGUGAGAACAAGCCAGGAACUCAAAUGGUGAUGUCAUAGUGUCCUGUUCUCACUAACCGUAGCCAAGCAAGCCACAGUUUCCAAAUUUGAAUGUGUCAGGCAACUGUGGUUUGUUUAACACUGGAAGUGAAAACUUCCUGCCUUCUCCUGUAGCAUAUAAAAGGGGGAGCAGGGGGGAAGCAUGCAGACCCAAGAUUUGUCAGUUUUUUCAUGUAGCAAAAAAAAUUGUUUGCCAUUCUAUCUGAACUUGACCUUGGUAUGAAGUGAAGCUCAUCUGCAUACCAAGGCCAAUGCAUAGCAUUGUGAAUUUUUAUUAUGUGUGUAUCUGAGCUCUGUAAAGAGUAUAUACUAUCUUUCAUCACAUAGCCAGGUGAUUAGAUUAAAGGAAAUCUAACAAACAUUUCAAUAGCAUAUACAUGAAGGAUGGUAUUCCAAACAUUACACAGAGACAUCAAAUCAAAAUUCUGUUCCUGGUGUUAGUAAGGCAUUGUACCUGACACAGGUUCAUGAUGUUUACUAAAAUAAUCAUUAGGCAGUGGAAAUGAAUAUGAUAAGCAUUGCUAAUGCUGUGUGAUUUUCCAAAACAGUGUUAUUUGUGAUCAGUGAUAAUGCUGUUACAUUGAGCUACACUCAGAGCAGAUUUUGCUCUGCACAAUGAUUUUGCGUGUGAUAUGUCGUGGAAAGAUGUAUUUAAAAUGAAAGAUUAAAUAGACACAGUACAUUAGAGCUUUCAAAACUGGUGUGGGGUGUGUGUGUCUAUCUGAAGCAACUUUUCACCUCUUCUGGAUUAAAUGAGGACCCAUUCAGAUUUUAUAUUCCUGGUUACCCCACCGAUUAUGUAGAGAUUCUCCAUACCAAUCCAUAAAAUCAAUGUUGAGUGCUGAUCUGAAUAUGCUCUGUUAUGUGGCCAUUCCCACAAUAAGGAUUAUGACGUUAGGUCCCCUUAUUCACUCCAUUGUGCUUUUUGGUAGGCAACGUGUGGUGAAUGUGCUUCCUUCCCAUCCAAACUUCACAAACCGCUUGGAACAGGCAACAUUUGCAUGUGAAUAUUGCACUCCCUGACCCAGGUGGCACUGUGGUUAAACCACUGAGCCUAGGGCUUGCUGAUCAGAAGGUCGGCGGCUCCCGUUGCUUGGUCCCAGCUGCUGCCAACCUAGCAGUUCGAAAGCACGUCAAAAUGCAAGUAGAUAAAUAGGAACCACUACAGCGGGAAGGUAAACGGCGUUUCCAUGUGCUGCUCUGGUUUGCCAGAAGCGGCUUUGUCAUGCUGGCCACCUGACCUGGAAGCUAUACGCUGGCUCCCUCGGCCAAUAAUGCGAGAUGAGCGCGCAACCCCAGAGUCGGUCAUGACUGGACCUAAUGGUCAGGGGUCCCUUUACCUUUAUUGCACUCCCUGAGCACAGCUCCUUAUUAGGAUGUUACCAAAGAAGCAUGGAAAGAAGCCAUAGGAAAGUGGCUCCCAGAUCUCUGUGGUACGAAUGUAUGAAGUGGCCUUGUCAGAGAUCUAUAUUUGAAAUGGAUGAUGGGGUCACGUAUAACCAUGUAAAAUGGUACCUUGGUUCUCAAACUUAAUCCAUUCCAGAAGUCCGUUCCAAAACCACAGUGUUCCAAAACCAAGGCUCACUGCCCAUAGAAAGUAAUGCAAAACGAAUUAAUCCGUUCCAGACUUUUAAAAACAACCCCUAAAACAGCAAUUUGAAUUUUACUAUCUAACGAGACCAUUGAUCCAUAAAAUCAAAGCAAUAAUCAAUGUACUGUACUAUAAAAUAAAUGAGACGGUAUUCUAGUUGACCUGGGUUCCACACAGUAACAAACACAAAUUAAUCAAAAAAGCCUCAGAAACAAAAACACAAAAUAAAUAGCAAAAACAAAAGCGCCAAACUUAAUCAGUUCCGGAAGUCCAUUUGACUUCUGAAAUGUUCGAAAACCAAGGCACAGCUGAUUGGUGCAGGUCCCCUGGAAACAAUAGCCGACAGCCACAUCGGAAGUUCAGCUUCCGAAAAACGUUCAAAAACCGGAACAUUUCUGGGUUUUCGGAGUUUGAGAACCAAGGUACCACUGUAGUAAAAUGCCUAAGUGUCAAUCCAGAGAUCAUGCCUGUAUUUUUAAAAACCUGGAACUGCAAGAGAGCACUUCAGCCAUGAAGAUAUUUGGGUGACCAUGGGCAAGUCACCAACUCUCAGGCUGGCAGUGUAAUUUCCCAACUGUUAGGAAAAUUAUACAUACGCUUAAUAAUAGACAUCCAUUAUUUUGGACCUACUGAUCUGAAGAUGCCCUCACAUCAGUCAUAUUUUAGAAGAUUUUUAAAUAUCUUUCAGAACCACUUUGCUGUAAAGUCAGAAAUAAUCUUGUUUUUUCUAUUUGCAUUUUUUGUGAUAUUUUUAUAUGUCAUAUAUUUUGAAUUGCUGUUUAACUACAGAAUUUUUUUCUUAAUUUGUGUUCAUAUAUAUAUAUAUAUUAGUAAAGUCCACUGGAAAACCAAUAUUUUGUAGCAAAUAUCUUACCAUGCAUCAUUUGACUACAGUGCUGAUGCUGUAUGUUUACAUUGUACCAUGUUUCAUGAACUAUCUUGUGGAUAAAGUGCCUGUACAAUGUUUUAUAAUCAAACGAUACUGCAAUAAAAGUUUUAAAACAUGUA